AAAGACAAAAAAGACGAUGCAAGCGUCGCCGCGCGACCCGACAAACGUUAGCAGUCGCAGGCUUCCGAAAGGGACCAGGUCGUCCCGAAAGUUCGCCACUUCGCGCAGCAAGAUGGAGCGGCUGAAGACGGCCUCCGCCGCGAAGGUGCCCGGCGACCGCACUGCAGCGGCAACGGACCGCAGCAAGACGAGCAAGGCGCCGACUUCCCCGGCCCCGCCCAGAGAACAUCGCGACAGACCCGCGGCGCCCACCGAGAACCGCAUCGCGCUGAACUUUGAACCAACGAGGGUGUCGUUCACGAGUGGGCCUGCGCCCGAGUCACACGGCCACCCUAGCGAGUCUUUACUCCAGGCGACCGUACGGCCUCUACCAGGCGGCGAACAGGAUCCACCUCAAGGAGGUGGGGUGGCGACCACCGGGCAGGCGCCUCCUUACCCGAGAAAAUCGACCGUUGGCGUGGACAGCAUGGGGCCGCGGCGAAGCAAGAGGAAGAGAGCGGCAGAGUCCCUUGCAAAUGCGGCAUCUGCCGAACCGGCUGCCGUCGGUCCACGGGCAGUGUUGGCCAUGGCUGUGGCAUGCUUGGCAACGGUGCUGGUGAUCACCGCACUGGUGGCCUACAUAAGAUCGACGCUUCAUCCGUGGCACCAGGAGCGGGACGACGGCAUGUGUCGAAACCCUCCGUGCCGUGGCUAUGCGCAACUCUUUUUGGUGAACGUCAACUGGACGGUGAAUCCGUGCAGCGACUUCGAGGCGUACGUCUGCUCCAAGUGGAAGCCAUCGAGCGACCCUUAUGCAUACGGCUCGGCCCUGGCCACGUACGCUAUCCAGGAGUGGUUUAACGUGUUCCACACAAUGAUCGUCGAAGGCCCCAAACAUUUUGCGGCCGCAAGGAAGGCGCAGGCAAUGUUCGAGGCCUGUCUUACCAACAGCACCGCUAACGGGUCUUCGGCGGCGUUGUUGAGGCAGUUCAUGCUCGAAAGAAAGAUACCGUGGCCGGACGAUCCACUCCCUAACGCCAGUCCACUGGGCGUCCUUGUGGACCUUGCGUACAACUGGCGACUCAAUGUGUGGUUUCAGCUGAAAGCGCGGAGGACGCCUCAAAGAGCGCCGCAUAUUUUGAUAAUCGCAUCGGCUGACUUUUCUCCGCUGUGGAGCGCCUAUAAAGAAACGGCCAUGAGAGCGGAAGGCAUCGUCCCCUACUGGAAUAGGUUCCACGAUGCUUUCGCGGCGCAUCAGCCCCGACGCAGUGAGGAAGAAAUUGAAAAAAUCGAGAAUGUCGAGCAGAACGUGCUUGCCGAGCUCCACCAAGUUUUUGAUAAAGAUGUAGCCGCACCUUGUGAGUUCUUGCUAAAAGACAUAGCAAGUAUUACGACUAAUUUGUCGUCACAGCGAUGGAUAGAAGAGCUAAACGCGAACGCACGGGUGCAUGGUGGUUACGGUCUGUCAGAUCGCAUCGUUGCAAGCGACGUGGCCCUCCUAGAGGCUGUGGGCAAGCUAUUUUCCAAGUUCGACAGGCGUUCGCUGUUACUGCAUAUUUCCUGGUUUUUCAUUCAAGCCUUUGCUCCACUUGAACACCGCAGCCUUCUGCCGAUAAGCACGGAAGGUACUUGGCAUUCCAUGGAGAGGCGUCGCAGGCUCUGCUCCACACGAGUUGAAAUGUCGUACAAGGUGCUCAUCAGAUCACUCGUGGCUCUUACAAUUUUUACGGCACAGUCCAGAAAGGCAAUCAGUGGCUAUCUUGGCCUUGUGACGCAGCUGGCGCGGAACAAAAUGUCCGCUCUUUCCUGGUUCGCUGAUGAAUCGUUCACGCGUGCCGCAUCGUCGAAGUUUCAGAGCAGCACAGUAGUCCUAUGGCCACCCAAAGACUUACUAACCGACGAAGGCCUGACCGCCAUGUACGCCAAUUUCUCGGCCAACGAGGUCUCCGUGGUCGAGCACUGGGUGAAUGGCAUGAAAGCCAAACGUGCCCUGCGAAAGCAACCAAAAUACGAAGAGGUCCAGGAUUACCCACUAAGCUUUAUGCAGCCGCUGUUUCGGUAUGACUAUAUCAUGAACAGAGUGCUCAUAUCGGCGGCAGCUCUGCGCAUGCCUGCGUACUCGGGGCAAGGCACAAAAGCAAUGCUUUAUGGCGGGCUGGGUUUCUCGUACGCUUUACAGCUGGUGAAGGCUUUAGACCCAGGAGGUCUCAGAGUGGACGCUGACGGAAAUGUCCACUCGUGGGCUCCAAAGGGGUGGAGUGAAGCGAUCGCCAACAGGUCGACCUUGUGCCAUGGGUUGUCUUCAGGCAAGAGUCUCUUUCCGGAAGUUCCGGCGCUAGAAGUGGCACACGCCGCUUACGAGAUGGCACCUGGUGAUACGCCGCAUCCCGGCCGCGUAACCAUGGCGUUCAACGAGGACCAAGUGUUCUUCAUCACUGUCUGCCUCAGCCUUUGCAACCUGUCGCCAACCUUCGGCUCGAUAAGGGGUGACUGCAACAAGGCCGUCGCGAACUUCGCGAACUUCGCCCGGGCUUUCAAAUGUGCUCCCCGGGAUCCAAUGAACCCGGAGACACGAUGCUCUUUUUUCAACUAGCCAUCGGCACUGUGCCAAUAUUUGGCACUUUCCCAUGCAUUUGUGGACGGUCUUCGAGUGUUCGUCGCGCUAACUAUUUCGAUAUUAUUUAUGCUUACUGAUUGGGUUUUGUCUAUGGAACCGAUGACAUGGGAUACAAUAAGUUUAUGCACGUAAUCACAGGAUGAAUCGCAAGGUAUAUAAGAAGCUUGAGGGAAAAAAUGUAUACCUAAAGGCGUAAUUUAGGUCUACCUGUCAUGUGUUAGAUGCAUCACGUGUGUGAAGCUUUGGGCUGUUUCAUGAGGAAGGCCGAGUUUUUAGCUUCACUUAAGUUUGCAGAAAGUUUGAGCCUGAAUGCCCUUUCGGCAUAUUUUGCCAUACAUUGCAUACUUUGUGUAGGUAACGGCAGACUAUGUUGAAUGUCGCAUGGUUCAAGUGGGUCUGAGUUGUGCUCCGGUGACAAAUUACCCGCACAUUUCGCGGGGUAAAAGCAUGUCGUCUUCGUCAAUAUGUACUCCGGCCCGCAUGAACUCCUCGCACGUUCAUGUCCACUGCAAUAAUGUCAGUGUACGUUUUUCGCUUACCUGUGGCUAAGACAGUCGCAUGAAAUCGCGUUUAGCCGCUAUUUAGCAGAUAGCCCAUUUAUUCCAGUGAAAGAAUGAGCUGUACAACCGGAAUUCCUUUCGUAUCUGCCCUGAACAUGUGCUCACGCAUGUCGUCGUAGUUCGCGGCAGUCGAGAUAGGACGUUUAAUGAUGGAAGCUACCGUGAGUGCAUCACAACUUCAGGCACUGUCGCCACACUCAUUAACUUCUUGCGUAACCAGGUGUAGUCAAGAACUGGAUCAACGCCACGUAAGUCAAUCGCUGCGUAUACGCGACAAACCACGUACAAAUGCAUGACGUUGCUUUAGGUGGAGUUCUUGGGAACUUGAGGGCUACAAUGUGAGUGCGCUGGUGGGAUGAAAAUCCUGCACCUGCCGCGAAUAAUGGCCGCUCAAACUGCAUACAAGCGAGACUGACACACCGACACACAGCAACGGAUGUUUAUUUAGAGUGCAAAAAUAUCUAUGUGAAGCGCAUAAAGAAAGCACAUGAAAGGACACAAAGUGGCGCAUGGAGGUGUCGCAAAUUUUGCUUAAAAAAAACAAAAAGCAAAAACUCAUUCAGCGGCAUACAAAGAAACAAAUGUACAUUCAUCGGUGUAUUUCUUAACCUAAAAGCUUCCCGUGUUUCUCUUACAGCGGUGUAUUUGCUGCCUAGUACUACACCAUAACCUAAAAAAUUACGGGUCACAACCGCAGCGAUCGCGAAGCGAGCACCGUCAGCUUUAUGUUUCGCGCAUGCUCUUUGAUUGUGUCAUCCAUGCAGCGAUGGAUAUGCUCCACAUAGGUCUUGUUACAUUAAAACAUUAUUCUUAUACAA